CAUCUCACGUAUCAGUCUUCGCAAGCCUCAGGCUACUUGAGCAUCGUACGCAUGCGCCUCACCGCGGAAAAGAUACCAAAGACUCUGACGCAUGUUCAUGUGGGCGUGGAAAUCGAGGGCGCACUUCAUGUGAAGACGUAUGAGGCCGAUCCCAACUUAAUACACACGUUCGCCUGGAACAAACGCAAUGUCUAUCGGCAGAAGGUCUACGGCGUCACCAUUGCACGCAUUUCCGUCGGCUACCAGCACUCGACCUGCAAGAUGCCAGUUUGGAUCACGCAAACCGCCAAGCUGCAGGGCUAUGACGUCGACAUUUCAGACAUCGGGGGCUGGGGUCUGGACAUACACCACCACUACAAUUUCCACGAAGGCAUAUUACAGAAGGGGGAUGGCAGUACGCUUCACAUGAAGGAAUACCCUCGCACCGUGAAGGUGGUGAUGGGCACCGGCUUGCAACGUCCGCUGAACUGUCCCGACCACUGCAACGGCAUAGCCAAGGACGCCAAGCUACUCACACCCAUCGCAUUGGCGUCCGGCCCAGACGGCAGCCUGUACGUGGGCGAUUUCAACUUGGUGCGACGCAUCACGCCUGAUGGCAAAGUCUACACAAUACUGCAACUGAGUGCCACACAGGUUUCCUAUCAGUAUUACCUGGCAGUGUCGCCCGCAGAUGGCCACCUGUAUAUAUCCGAUCCGGAGCGGCACCAAAUUCUAAGACUGCUGCGUUUAGAGAAAGUGAAGGACCCCAGUAUCAACAGUGAGCCCAUUGUAGGGAGCGGACAGCGUUGCAUACCCGGUGAUGAGGGCAAUUGCGGUGACGGAGGCCCGGCGUUGCAGGCUCGUCUUUCGCAUCCGAAGGGGCUGGCCAUUGCCGCAGAUCGCACCAUGUACAUUGCUGAUGGCACCAACAUACGAGCGGUGGAUCCCAAGGGAGUCAUACACACACUGAUUGGGCAUCAUGGCCACCACAACCACUGGAGUCCGGCGCCUUGCUCUGGCACUCUAAUGGCAAACCAAGCACAACUUCAAUGGCCCACUGGUCUGGCGCUCAGUCCACUCGACGGUUCUUUGCAUUUUAUCGACGACCGGCUGGUGCUGCGCCUAACUUCGGAUAUGAAGAUUCGCGUCGUAGCUGGCACGCCCCUGCACUGCAACAACAAUGGUCAAGACAAAUCGAACAAGACGUCGGAGAAUGUGCUGGGCACAGUGCUGGCAAUGGCGUUCUCGCCAUUCGGUGAUCUCUACAUCGCAGACAGCGACUCACGGCGGGUAAAUUCAAUUCGAGUGGUGGACACAGCGGGAAAUAUGCGCUACUUUGCUGGCAAGCAGGAGGGUCUGGGUUCACUAACCUGCGAUUGCUCCAAUGGCAACACUGUCAACAGUUCAACAUCCGGUCUGGCCUCGGCGCUUUCAUCAACCGGCAGCGGCGUCGCUGGUAGCGCCUACUCAACGACAAUGAAUCCGAAACGUACCACCACACCAACAACGCCGGCUGGCAGCAACGGACACGGCAACGGCAAUGGCGGCGGAAGCGGAAAUGGUGCUGUCUCUGGCUAUGGUGCUGGUGCGGGCAACGGUGCGGGUGGCGUUGGCGGUGUGGGUGUGGGUGUGGGUGCUCCCUGCAUUUGCAGCGGCGGCGGUGUCGGUGUCACGGUCGGCGCUCCCAGUGGACUGGCGGGCAUCGUGGCCGGUGGUAAUUUAAUGUCAACUGGACCAACGACAACCACAACAAUAUUGCUGGGCGCCAAAACAACAGCUGCAGCAAACGGCAUGGGCGGCGCCAUGAAUGAUGAUGGCACUUUGAGCAACGCGGAGACCUUGCUAUCGUCGAAUGCUCGCUUUCAGGCGAUUUCGGCCAUUUCGGUGGCGCAGGACGGCGUCAUUAAUGUGGCGGAUCAAGGUAAGCUGCGCAAAUAA